AUGGAUCACCUGGAUCGCUGCGCGUGGCUCGUCAGGGGCACGCUGGUGCGGGCAGCUGUGCGGCGCUACCUGCCCUGGGCGCUGGUGGCCUUCAUGCUGACCGGCUCCGUCCUCAAGGAAGUCUCGCCGCUGCCCGAGAGCUAUCUCAGCAACAAGCGCAACGUCUUCAACGUGUAUUUUGUCAAAGUGGCCUGGGGCUGGACCUUCUGCCUGCUGCUGCCGUUCAUUGCCCUCACCAACUACCACCUGACCGGCAAGCCUGGGCAGGUGCUGCGGCGGCUGAGCACACUGCUCGUGGGCACGGCCGUCUGGUACGUGUGCACCGCCCUCUUCUGCAGCGUCGAGCACUACACGGGCAGCUGCUACCGCUCGCCGGCCCUGGAGGUGGUCAGGAGAGAGCACCCCAGCAAGCAGCAGUGCCUCGGGGCGGGGGGCUUCUGGCACGGCUUUGACAUCUCAGGCCACUCCUUCCUGCUCACCUACUGUGCCCUCAUGAUUGUGGAGGAGAUGGCCGUCCUGCACGCGGUGAAGACGGACCGGAGCCACCGCCACCACAAGGCCAUCACCACCCUGGUCAUCGCCCUGGGCACCCUGACCUUCAUCUGGGUGUUGAUGUUUCUCUGCACGGCCGUGUAUUUCCAUGACUUUUUGCAGAAGGUGUUCGGCACCAUGUUUGGCCUGCUGGGCUGGUAUGGGACCUACAGGUGUUGGUAUCUGAAAUCCUUUUCCCCAGGACUUCCUCCCCGGAGCUCCAGUUUCCAUUUGAAGCAGUAA